AUGGAAAAUGAUCAAGAAUCAACUCAAGAUCGUAGAUCACCAAUUGAAGGUGGUAAAAAUCAACUGAAUAAUCCUAAAAUAACGAAGAGGCCUAGUGUUUUUUCAAAGGGAAUGAAAAAGAUAACGAAAUCGACGUCUAUUUUGAAUUUUAACCAAUUAUUGAGUAAUGAAAAGGCAGAAUCCUCAAAAGUAUUAUCACCCAUCAAGAAUGUCAAUUUACAAGACACAAGAGCUGAAGAAUUUCAAGCGAUAGGAUAUGAAAGUGUACCAAUAAACUCUAAUGAACCAAUACCUGUAAGUAAUCUCCCCGAAAGAACAAGAACGAGUUCCUUUGUUGCUUUCUCACCUCGUCAAAAAUCAAUUGGAUCAUAUUUUGAAAACGGAACUGAAAACUCUUCACAGGUAUUACCAAGUUAUCCAUAUAGUCUUGAGUCCAACAAAGCUGCAAGCCUUUCAUCAUUAGACCCAAAAUUGGUACACGAGGAUAAGCUAGCAAUGAAAGGAUUAACAUUAGCAGGUUAUGGUCUAUCCAAAGAAGAUAUAACAUUGCCACCCCCUCCAAUAAAGCCAUCAGUUGUAAAUACUACGACUCACAGUAGUAUCAAAAAAAAUACCAGUGUUUCUAGUUUAAAUGACGCAUACCCCAACAGCCUAUCUGGUUCGAUGGUGUAUGAGCCUAUUACAUCACUGCCCAUGGUAAAUCGAUCAAAUACGUUAGAUAAUGUAUCGGCAUAUAAAUUUAAAGAGAAUCCAAGGCAAACUAAGUUAACUAGAGCGAAUAGUGAAAGAUCUGAAGACUGCAACAAAUUGAGUCAUUCUCUACUGUCUUUUAGUGCUAUUACGUUGAGUAAGAAUCAAGUCCCUAAACCAGAAGUUGUUAAUAUGCUUUUUGAAAAAUUGUUAUCAACCAGGGUGUUUUCUGAAAAAGCUUUGAAGACAUUGAGAGAACAACCUACUUCAAGAAAGUGGGAGUUGCUAUUAAAUGAGAAUGAAUCAAAUACUGAUUUUGAUUUGAAAACGCUAACAAAAUCAUCAUCUUCUUUUUUUGCACCUUCUCAUAAAUAUAAAUCUCGGUCUAUUAGUCAAGAUUAUAUUGCUAAUUUUCCCUCAGAUCGAAGGAAUAGUAACAUAUUGGCUGACAGUAAAGCCUUAAGUAAUGAAAAUGCGAAGCAGCAUUCUUCAAUUCAAACUCUUCUAAAGCUUAAUAGUUCCGAAAAGGCAUCAGAUAUAAAUCUUGAUAAAUCAAAAUAUACUUCAACGGGACCAAUAUUAGAAUAUGAGAGACCUAGAUUACCGAUUUCAAAACAAGGGAAUGCCCCUUUGAGUAAAAAGCAAAAGUUAAAAGAUGGAUCACCUGAAUGGUACGUAGGAAGAAUUAUUUCUAAUAAAUUGUCACUCAAAGAAUACAAAAAACUUGAGAAAAAGUUGAAUGAAACGGUGUCAAAGCUGGGAAAUACUUGGGGCCGCAUAUUUAGUGAUGCACAAGGAGAAACUGCUUUGUCUGUCAUUCUUACAAGAGUUAACAAAAAAAGCAUCAAGUCUAAUGAAGAACUUGAUAAAGAAUUUAUUAUAGUGAAUUGUUUGAAAAGUGUAUUAAAUACUGAAAUUUCGGAUUAUGAAGAUAAAUUAGAGAUAGAUGAAUCAUCAUCUAAUCCUAAUUCGUCUAUUGUAAUAAAAAACAAGUCGCAUGUCAUUCGAGCCAUGAUAUUUUCGUUGGUUUCUCCAAGAUUAGCUACUAGGAUAUUAGUGACAGAAGUUUUAAUUUUCUUGUCAUAUUAUAAAAAUGCAGAUUUUUUACCCGGUAUCUUAGACAGUAUGGUAAGCUUGCAAGAUUUACUAGGGGAUUUUGUGAGAUUUCAACCCUGGUUGAAUUCUGUUGAAUCAUUUCUAGAUAAAUACUUCACAGGUGGAAAUAAUGCCAGGCUAGAAAAUGAAUUUAAUUUAAAAAAUUAUUCUUUGAUUACGCUAUUAUUAAUUAAUUCUAUUAUUGAGGGCACCAAAUCAAUGAAGAUUCGGAUUUCAUUAAGAAGGGAACUUAAUGAUUCCCGAGUUUUGAAAAUUUUUGACAAAUUAAAGGUCAUUGGCGACGAUCGAAUAAAUGAAGAAAUAGAGAAGUACGAGGGCUACGCAGAAGAAGAUUACAACGAAUUUUUUAAUAUUGAAAGUCAGCUUAAAUCUGAAACCCCUGAAGGUCUUGACCUGCUGAGUUUAGAUGAUUUGUUCAGUGAAUUGAAUUCUCUGUUUGUUUCUUUGGAAUUUCCAGAAAAUUCUGGAUUCCGUUCAAGCAAGGAUUAUAUCAAAUCUGUUCUAAUGAAAUUUCUAAUGCUAAAAGAUAGUAGAAAAUCCGAGAUAGAAAUUACCAGGCUAUUGAUUCUUAUAGACUCGAUCUUGCAGCAUAUUGUUGCGGGAUCAUCUGUAAUUGGGGCAAAUGCAACGUCUGUUUUAAAUAGUUCUAUCCAAAGAUUAAUGGAUAGAAUGAUUACUGAUGAUACAGCAAGACGUACUAUUUUAGAGACACACGAAUUAGAAAGACAGAUUACGUUGCUAGAAGAACAGAAAAAUCAACUAGAAGUAGAGGCAAGUUUUGGAUUGAAUGAAACAAUUGUAAACCUAAAGAAAGAAAAAUCAUUUUAUGCGAACAAGAUUGUAUCUUUGGAGAAACAAAUCUCGGUACUUCAAUUUCAAAUAAAAACUUUAGAGAAAGAGAAAAUCAAGGCGACAAAACUAGUCGAUUACUCCCAGCUGCCUAUAUUAUCCACUACGCGAGUCAAAAAUUACGACGUAUCAAAAAAUAAUGGGUUCGUACAUGAAUUGGAAUCUGUAUUUUCGGGAAGAACCAGUAAACCUUCAGGAGAAGAUCCUAGAGCGAAUUUGAUGGUUGAAACUAACGACAUUCCUAUAGUAGAAGAUUCUCCUAAAUCUAACGAUACGGCGAACCCUGGCCAUUCGUAUUUAUUACCACCUGGCGAAAAUAUGGUUCCAUCCAAGGCUUUGGAUUCAAAUUCUGAAAUUAAAAUCGCUGACUUGACAUCAGAAUCGAAUUCGGUACAUGCUCCUCAUCGUCCUCCCUCACCUUCUAAAUGGUUGUCUUCGAAUGGUAGUAAUCCUCAUAUAUCAGAGCAAAAGACACCACCAGCCCCUCCUCCGUUACCAUCGUUUAUGGACACAGGUAAUAAUAUUAGUCCUAAGCAAAUACCUCCACCUCCACCUCCACCUCCACCGCUUCCAACAUUCAUGAAUACUAAUAUGAAUUCUGAAAAUGCUUCACCACCACCACCACCAUUACCAUCAUUUUUACAAUUCGUGGAACAGAAAUCAACAGUAUCCUCCCCAUCACACACACCACCACCACCACCACCACCGCCGCCGCCUCCACUACCUGGGCUGCUUUCGGGAGUCAACUCCAUAUUAAACUCUCCGUCACCACACUUGCCGCUGUCUGGAACUGAAGGAAAUGCCAUGACGAAUAUAACCCUUGAAGACAAAAACAAAUCCGAUAAUAUUUCAAAUGCACUUGAAAAAGAUGUAUCUGCUAGCGAUGUAGACCUACCAUUAGUUGGGACUCCGAUCGUUAGACCAAAAACCAAAUUAAAACAGAUGCAUUGGGAUAAAAUCGAAAACAUUAACAAAACAUUCUGGUCCGAUAUUAAGGAUGAUAUUUUAUCAGACAAGCUAUUAGAGAAAGGGAUACUAGGUGAGGUUGAGAAGGUAUUUGUUGCAAAAACUUCAACAAUUAAAAAGCGGAGCACACAAGUGAAUAGAAUGAAUAAACCCAAGACAAUUUCCUAUUUAUCUCGAGACUUAGUCCAGCAGUUUGGCAUUAAUUUACAUAUGUUUGCUAAUAAUUCUGUUGAAGAAUUGAUCAAGAAAAUCUUGAAUUGUGAUAAAGAGAUUUUAGAAAAUAUCAGUGUUUUAGAAUUUUUUAACAGCGAUAAUUUGAUUGAAGUAAGCGAUUCCACUUUGAGAAACUUUACUCCUUAUUCAACGGAUUUUACACAACCUGAUAGACAAUCAGAAAAGCCCGUUGAAGAAUUGGAGAGGCCAGAUAGAUUAUUUUUAGAAUUAUGUUUCAACAUGAGGCAUUACUGGAAAUCACGCUCAAGAGCUUUGUUGCUAACCCAAACUUAUCAAAAGGAUUAUUCUGAUUUAUUGAAAAAAUUGCAAUUGAUAGAUGAGGUGAACAAUAGUAUUAUGGAAUCUGAUGAUUUAAAAAACGUUUUAGGAAUAAUUAGAUCUGUUGGUAAUUUUAUGAAUGAUUCAUCUAAGCAAGCUAUGGGAUUUAAAUUAGAUACAUUGCAAAGACUAAAAUUUAUGAAGGACGAUACGAAUUCUAUGACGUUCUUACACUAUGUUGAGAAAAUUAUUAGAAAUUCCUUCCUGGAAUAUGGAUCCUUUGUUGAUCAAUUAAGUCCGCUAAAUCAAGUUAAUAACAUUUCAAUUGAACAAUUAGAAAAUGACUGUCAGGAUUUUGAAAGGCUUAUAAGCAAUGUUGGAAGUUCCAUAGCUAAAGGAAAUCUAAGCGAUCCUGGUAAAUUGCAUCAAGAUGAUAAAAUUUUAGGUGUUAUCUCAAAGCCGCUUGAAAACGCCAAACUGAAGAAUAACCUAUUAAAAUCUCAUUUAAAGAGAACAAUAGAUGAUCAUAAUACAUUGAUGGAAUAUUUCGGUGAAAACCCGAACGAUUCUAAUAGCCGAAAUACAUUCUUUAACAAAUUUGCCUCCUUUGUAAUUGAAUUCAAGAAGGCACAUAUUGAAAAUAUCCAAAGAGAAGAAGAACAGAGGGCAUAUAUCGCUAGAAAAAAGAUGAUAGAGGGUUCUAAGGCUCAACGAGAUAAACGGCAAUUCGAACUGAAAGACAAUAACAAUGAGGAGAAUGCCAAAGAUGUAAAUGAAGAAUACGAAGACAAUAAAAAUGUUGAAGAUGAGCUUGGGCUGAACCUGGCUACUCAAGAUAAUUCUCAAAAGCAGAAAGAUGGAUCAUAUAGUAAUCCAACUAUAGAUAGCCUAUUAGAAAAAUUGAAAACAAACGCAUUAAUAAGUUCACCAUCGCGAAAAUCAAGACAAAGAAAGAGCCAAUAUAGAAGAAGUAAAGCUCUAUCCUUCUAUUCAAGUAUGACGUUGGAUGGCUUGUUAGAACAAUCAUCAAAUGGCAUUAUUGAUGAGCUGACAAGACAAAAGCCAUACAAUAACUAUGAAAGCGUAGACUCCUUAAAAAGAAGAAUGUCAACCAGAAAAAAGUUAGAAACAAUCGACAGAGAAAAUCACUCUCAAAAUACGAAUGCUACAAAUGAUACAGAUCAGACUAUGAUCAGGGCACAUGCGAUGCUAAACCAGUUAAGAAAUGAACGAACAGUACAAGCCACACGACCGCAUAGUCGACUUGACGAAAAUGACAAUGGAAAUAACAAUAACAGUAGCACCAAUGUUGCUGAUCCAGUUCAUAAUGAAGAUAACAUCUUACAAGGUGUUAAUACUAAUAAUAAUGAUGCCAUGAAUAAUUUUACCACUUAA